GAAAACAAAUAUUAUUAUUAUUGUUAAUAAAAUAUGUAAAAUACAAUUACGAAUAACAGUUGACACUUGAGUUUUCAGUAAUUUCCCAUUGUAAAUUUUAGAAAGACCAUAUCAAUGACAACAAACAUAACACCAUAACUAUUUUAAUUAUGUAUAUUCAAAUACUUAAUUGUACAGAAUAACAAUUAUCAACAACACAUUUUAAGAAAAAAUAAUAUGGCCACUAAAGACGAUAUUGAUUAUGAUAUUGGAACUUACAAGUGUGAAGGCGCUGUUGAACAUUUCAAAUUAAGGAUAUGCUUAGAAAUAUCUCGUACUUCGUUUCAUCACAAAAAUACAAAUAUUGAUAAGAAACAUAAAAGGAUUGAAAAAAUAUUUAGUUGGAAAGAAAAAGUAGCUGAAGACGUGCAAGAUCAAAAUUACUUGGAAGAAACAUCUUCAUCUAUUGAAGGAAUACUGCUUGAUAGUCAUUUGUUAACUGAUGUUAUACAUCAAAAUAGUAAUCGAGUUAUACUACAUGACAUAGCAAACCGCGAUAACAUACUAACAAAAUCAUUUACGCAAAUGAAUGAAUUACAAAUGAAUAACAAAAACAAUAACAUUUUUAUUAAAAAAUUUAUAGACUAUACUCCAUCUGAUAUUUUAAAACUACAAAAUAGAUUACCAUAUUCGAACCAAAUUAUGCAUGUGCUUUUAGACCUUGGAACUAACAACACAGAAAGUGAAGAAAACAACCAUGUCCUUGCAUCAUUUUAUUGGAAUCCUAACAGUCGAAUAUUAACAGUAAUGCCAGAUUUCAACGACGGUAAUUCGCCAGGAUAUAUUCUUCCGAUAAGUACUGUUAAAGAUUCCUGUUUUGAAUAUCGAUUUUGGAUUGAAAAUAUGUCGACCGAAACAAUAGAAUUACAAUCCGAUACAUUUAAUUUAUUUAAAAUGGACCACUACGAUUUCCAUACGCCAGAAUUUGAUACGAUUAAUGUUUUCGGGGAAAUAAUAUCGGCUUCAGGAUUUGAAGGCGAAAAUUUAUUUGUGCGUUACAAAAUUAAUGUGCCAUCAGCAUGGAAAUGUACGACUAGUGAUGAUUCACUUCAGGGCACAACACAUACCUGUCGCAGUAAUAAUAAUUUUACGUCAAUAUUUACACAUUUAUUUAACGCCACGAUAGUUAUACCUAAGGAUUUAGAAAAACAAAAUAUAAAUUUUGCAUUUAUAACAUUUGAAAUUUAUUCAAUUGAUAUUUGGGGAAAAGAACGUAUAGAAGGAUACACAUCGUGCAUAAUACCUAAAAACACUGCUUCAAAAUCAUAUCAUCAAAAUGUUAAAUUAGACGCCUGGUUACCGGUUUCAAGAAAUUAUUGUGACGACUUGCGGAGAUAUUUUAUUGGCGGCUCAGUUACAUUAGCAGAGUCUACCUGUAUACCUUCCUGUUUCGAUGAUAAAAUAUUAAGCAAAUUUGGAAUGGAAACAAAACCGCGAGGUGUAUUAAGUGUUACUAUAAGUAUGUUAAAGCAGCGUCAUAAAGUUGACGGUAAUAAAGACAAUACCAUUACAAAUGAAGGACUUUCGGCUCAAGCUUUGGUAAAUAGUGUUAACUCUGUAAUGGCCAGUUUCAAGAGAGCACGACAAAGAAUGUUAUUGGCGUGCCAACCAUUAUUAAGCCCUAUUCACAAAUGAUAAAAAAAUAUUAUUUUUUCAAAGCAAAUUUUCUAGUCACUUUUUAGUCAAAUAUUAUAUUUUUCUUAUGUUUUUUUUUUACAUUAUUAUAUUAUAUAAAUAAUUAACAUUUUAUUAAAUAAA